ACAUCGAAUCACAGCCCCUCUGUUUCAUACUCCACCUUAACCACGGCUUGAAGAGUUGAGUACCGACCAGCCGGCAAGCGCAACAUCGCAUCAGUUUCCAAACCUCAGCCAGUCUCUAAACCAAGCAAAUCCAUCACGACUUCGGUCGCACCGACCUCACCAUGUCUCACCCCGCCCGCACCGCAUCCAUCUCCCGCAACACCAACGAGACCAAGAUCCAGGUCUCGCUCUCCCUCGACGGCGGCGUCCUCCCCCCAUACGAACCCAGUCAACACUUCCCCGCGCCGACCGAUCCCCAGGAAGCCGAAGCCGCGAAGAAGGGGAUCGUCCCGCCUAAGGAUGCCGCACACGCCACACAGUUCACACCGACGCAGCAGAUCACCGUGAGCACGGGGAUAGGUUUCUUGGACCACAUGUUGCACGCGUUGGCGAAGCAUUCGGGCUGGAGUUUGGCGGUGCGCGCCAAGGGAGAUUUGUACAUUGACGACCACCACACGACCGAAGACACUUUCCUCGCGGUUGGCUCGGCUUUCACUGAAGCUCUUGGUGCUAGACAGUCUCUUGCACGAUUCGGUCGCGGUGACGCCCCUCUGGACGAGGCUUUGUCCUGGGCGGUGAUCGAUCUCUCCAGCCGACCAUGGGCGGUGAUCAACCUGGGAUUCCGUCGGGAGAAGAUUGGGGACUUGAGUACGGAGAUGAUCACGCACGGUCUGCAGAGCUUUGCGCAGGCGGCGGGAGUGACGUUGCAUGUGGGAUGUACCUACGGAGAUAAUGACCACCAUCGGGCGGAGAGUGCGUUCAAGGCGUUGGCUGUGGCUAUUCGGACGGCUUGCACGAGACGGGGCGCCGGAGAGGUUGGAGCGGGCGAUGUAGUCAGUACCAAGGGGGUUUUGUAGAUAUAGGUUACAUUCGCAUUAGACACUGAGAUGAAUUAUUAUUCACG